AUGGCGACCACCCAGCCCAAUCUUUACAGUUUCCCCAACACAGAGGCCUUGGCCAAGGAAUUGCGCCCCUACGUCCUCCGCUGUCAAAAUGCGGCGCUCGCUCGCCAUGACACCUUCCGCAUCGCGGUCUCGGGCGGUUCACUCCCCGCUGUCCUCGCCAAGGCCCUCCUGGCCGACAGCAACGGCUCUCCCGAGGAUACGCCGCAGUUCAGCAAGUGGCAGAUUUUCUUCGCGGACGAGCGCGCGGUCCCGCUCGACGACAAGGACAGCAACUACCUCCUUCUCAAGGAUGAACUCCUCGCGAAGAUCCCGGCCGCGCUCGGCGAACCCACCGUCUAUCCGAUCGAUGAGAAGCACGUGCACGACGGCAACACCCAAGAGCUGGCCGACGCCUAUCAGGAAGCCCUGAUGCGCUCGUUCGCCGCCAAGGAUAGCGUCAAGCUGCCCAUCUUCGAUCUCAUCCUGCUGGGCUGUGGACCCGACGGCCACACCUGCAGUCUCUUCCCCGGUCACGAUCUCCUGCGCGAGAAGGACGCCUGGGUCGCCGCGGAGACCAACUCCCCCAAGCCGCCUCCCAAGCGCAUCACCCUCACCCUUCCCGUUGUGACUUCCGCCGCUCACAUUGCCUUUGUGGCCACCGGUGCGGGCAAGAAGGAUAUCCUCAAGUCCAUCUUCGACAGCGAAGAGGGUCGCAGCCUCCCGUCUUCGCUGGUGAACCACGGUGCCGGUGACAAGGUCAGCUGGUUCACUGAUCACCCCGCCGUGGAAGGUGUCGCAUACCCCCGUCGGGGAAGUUUGUAA